UUGAGGAAGAAGAUGUUGGUACACAAUAUUAGCGAUAGUGUAAUCCUACCUUCUAAUACUGCCCAAGAGACCACACCAGUAUCUACUCCAGCUAGCACAGAAUCAGGGAAAGAAACUACAGACACUUUUUCCGAUGGUCUAACUAUUGAUGAAACCUUGUUAUCAAAAAGUAUGGAUUACACAAUGACGGAAGUUGUCUCUAUUCAGGACAUGAGAGACAUCAUAGAACAGCUACGAAUGGACCUUGCCACAACACAAAAUGAACUUGAAAACAUUAUUCUAGACAAUAACGACCUCCGUUCACAAGUGACCAAUCUUAUCAAAGAAAAUAACACAUUAAAGGCUUUUCUAUCCAAAACACCACCAAAGAAAAGUAAAUCAAAUUGUAGCACCAAAAAGAAAAUUAGAAGUUCCCCACGAUAUUCAGAUGUAAAUAUAAUAGCCACACCGCCCAGAGCAUCCAGUGACAACAAGACAGAGGAAUUCUCUAACAGGAACAUCCUAACCCUCGAGCAGAAUCUUAAAGAUCUCGAGCUGCAACUGAAGUUAGCCAAAAAUGAAAUAGCGGACCUUAAUAAUCAAAUCAUAACCCUUCAAAAGGCAGUCCAUGCUAAAGAAUUCGAAGAAUCCUCGCUAAUUCAGCACACGAUUAAUUUAAACUCAGAAAUUGAUAAAACAUCUAUAAAUUAUAUGAUAAAAGUUGAAAAUGAUAUAGCACGCGAACCUUCAAAUUUUUGGAAAUACGUGAAAGAAAAACGAAAGAAUAGACAACAGAAUAAGGAAUUUGUGUAUAAUAAUAGAACUUUAGAAGGGCAGCAAGCUAUUGAUGCAUUCGCGCAGUAUUUCAGCUCAGUUUUUCAACCUGACACUCCAUUCUUAAAUGCAGAGGCAGCGAAACGCGAUGCAAUGUACGCAGACUGUGUAACCAAAGUCAGUAUUAAUAUUAUUAAAGCUUCAGAUCUACGAUGGGCAAUACGCCGUCUUAAGGCAUCGGCAGCUUGUGGCUCUGAUAACAUACCUUCGUUUUUAAUAAAGGACUGUAUGGCAGUUUUAGAGGAACCAUUACUGUAUGUCUACAAUCUCUCACUUCAACAAUGCCUCUAUCCCAAUGCAUGA